AUUGUGGGUAUGGUGAAAAGAUAUUAGCGGAGCCGCGCCAUUUUUUGUGUGUUUCCAGCUGAAAACGAGAUUUUCUGCUUAGUGAAGGGUUUGAAUCGUUUCCCUGUCGGAUUACAAUACAGAACGAGUUGUUAUUAAAAUGGGACGAAAGAAGAAGAAGCAAAUGAAGCCAUGGUGCUGGUACUGCAACAGAGAUUUUGAUGAUGAAAAGAUUCUCAUUCAGCAUCAGAAAGCCAAACAUUUCAAAUGUCAUAUUUGUCACAAGAAGCUGUACACGGGGCCUGGAUUAGCCAUACAUUGCAUGCAGGUGCACAAAGAGACAAUAGAUGGAGUUCCUAAUGCAAUACCAGGAAGAACAGACAUAGAACUGGAAAUCUACGGUAUGGAGGGUAUUCCAGAAAAAGACAUGCAAGACCGGAGAAGAGUACUUGAACAAAAGUCGCAUGAGAGUCAGAAGAAGAAACCAAAUCAGGAUGAUUCUGAUGAGGAGGAUGAUGAUGAUGAUGAUGAAGCCGGGCCUUCGUCAUUUCAGCAGCCUGCUGCUCAGCCUCAGGCUGCCUACAUGCCUCCUAUGACCCAGGCAGGCAUCCAUCAUGUUGCUCAUGCCCAAGGCAUGCCACAUGGUUAUGCAGGCAUGCCACAUAUGUUGACUGGUGUCCCACCAAUGAUUCCUGGAAUGCCACCAGUAAUGCCAGGCAUGCCACCAGGCAUGAUGCCAAUGGGAGGGAUGAUGCAUCCGAUGAUGCCUGGCAUGCCACCAGGAAUGCCACCCCAUGUUGCAAGGCCUGGCAUGCCUCCUAUGGCACCUGCAGCCCCUGUCACAGCUCCUGUAAUGGCCAGCAGACCAGCUGUACCUGCCACACAGUCUGUUGCUUCUAAACCCCUCUUCCCCAGCGCUGUGCAGAUGGGGACUGGUGUUGUGAGCCCCAGCGCCGCCCCUGCAAGUGCAGAGACACAGUCAGCCUCCUCUAAGCCUCUGUUCCUUAGUUCUGCCCAAGCGCAGCAGACUGUAUCAGGACCAUCAUCAAACUCUUCUGAUUCUCCUAAAGUGACAUUCCCAGCCUACACCCAGCCUUCCUCCACUCCUUCUGUUGCUGUCUCCUCCAGCACUGUGGCCAAACCCCCUGCCACAGUCACAAGUAAGCCAGCCACCCUCACCACCUUGAGUGCUACCAGUAAGUUGAUGCACCCUGAUGAGGAUAUUUCGCUGGAAGAGAGACGGGCUCAGCUGCCUAGGUACCAGAGGCUAAUCCCUCGGUCUGGGCAGACUGCAGCAGCUGCUGCCUCGGCUCCCCCUACUGGAGCGGUGGGAGGAAUGAUACCUCCACAGCAGCCUGGAAUGAGGCAUCCCAUACAUGGUCAGUAUGGUGGUCCUCCACAGGGCAUGCCUAGUUAUCUGACUGGUGGCAUGCCUCCUUAUGGACAGAGUGCCCCAAUGGUGCCCUCAUACCAAGCUGGCCCACCUGGGCCUCCCAUGGGCAUAAGGCCACCCGUAAUGUCUCCAGGCAGCCGAUACUGAAACAGCGCUGUCGUCCCACUAGGUUUGGAGGUUAAACCUUUUCUCAUCUUGUGCUUUUAAUGUAGCCAAACCAAUGAGCUCUAAACCCACUGCUGAAGAAAAAAACGGACAUUUAAGAUAUGUAAUAUCACACAAAAGCAUUGGAUUCAGCCCUUAAAUAAAGACUUUGCAGAUAACAGCAGUAUCAAUGUUACACUUGAUACAUGUAUUGCUUUUCUUCCUGUUGUGUUUCAUUCAGGUUGUACAAGUACAGUAUAUUAGACAAAGGUUCAUAAUAUAUUGAAGCUGCUGGCCUAACAGUAUCUCCAUGCACAAGGCAAGUUCCCAGUAAGAUUUCUGCUUUUAUCUUAGUUGUGAAGCCCUCACAGCACCAUACUGUGCUGUUGGACUUAACGUCCCCAACAUCAGAUUGGUGAGGGCUUCAGAUCAAUGUUGUCAUGGUGUUUUUUUUUUUUGUUUGUUUUGUUUUUUUUUAACUGUUUGCAUCCAUUUGUUCAGGGUUUAAAUAGCACAUGGGUAAAUGCGUCUUUCUGCAAUUGUUUUUGUUUCCUUUUUUUUUUGCUAUGUUUAUUGUAAUAAAACAUGCUUAAUUUUGAUUUUUUUUCUUCUUGAUUUUGUUUUUGUGUGAGUGUUUCAUGAACAAUGGAGUCUUCAGGCAGGUUGGUUUUCUUGAUGAAGCCAUAAUGACGUUACAGAUACACUUACUCUGUCAAUAACUAAUUUGUUCUGGAAUGUUCAUAUAGGCAUUUAGUCUUAACACAGCAUUAAGAGUAAUUUAUAGUAAAGAAUAAAACUUUAAUCACUCCUUUUAAUAUUUUUAACUGUCAAUUGACACAUUUUUCGCUUAACCUAGUUGCAUGAAUGAGCUUUCCAGAAGUUGGUUUUAAUUGCACCACACAUUUGUCUGACAUGACAUGCUUGAUGUGAUAUUUCUCACUUACCAGUAUUAAAUUGGUACAAUGGCUUGGAAGCAUUUCCUGGUCUGCAGGUAAGACCCGCUGUGUGAAUUAUAUUGCAAAGAAUCCAAUUUUACUGCAUGUUUUUGUAUUUCACCCAUGGGUUUUAGUCUCAUGUAAUGGAUUCCUCACAAGAGGAAUAUGAUGUCUGUUUUAUCAUUUGGGAAAUGCAGGAAAAAUUGCCUGAAGAUAUUUACCAGUUAAGAGUUUGCCAGACUGUCACACAAUUUAAAUUUUUCUCUUUUAGGGUAGCCAACCCUGCUCCUGGAGAUCUAAAAGUCUUGCAGGGUCAAACACAUUUGAACCACAUGUUAUAACCAUGGUGUUUAGGAUUGCUUGAAAUUUCCAGGUGUGAUGGUGCAAUGCUGGAACUGAACUGCAGGAAUUAAGCUCUCCAGGAGCGGGGGUGGCUACCCUUGCUUUAAAUUGACUUGAUUUUACAUUAUAGGUUUUCAUCUUUACUUCCUAAUUUAGGGUUACUUGUUGGAAUACCAAUAAGUAUUGUUAUGAUUGUUGCUCCUGAUAUAGAGUAGAAAGGGAUGUUAUUUUUUCAUGGACUGAUGUUGUGAAAUAAACAACUGUAUUCUAAUUUGA